AUGCAGUGUUACAGAGUUGUUUGGUACAUAAAAGGAAAUACAAACAGCAAUCGUCUUUCUGAGAAGAACGAAGAUAUGGGAUGCAAAAGGAUCGCGGGUGGAUUCACAGGCAGAGCACAAGGCGAUCUUGGUCCAGUUUACGGUUUCCAGUGGCGACAUUUUGGCGCCGAGUACAAAGGCCCAGACGCGGACUAUGAGGGCCAAGUGUUGAAUUAGCGGACGUCAUCCACGAAAUUCAUACGAAUCCAGACAGCCGCCGGAUUAUCAUGAGCG